AUGGCCUCAUACUCAACCGGCAGCGAGGCCUUCGCCCGCGAAAACCAGCCAUCAGUCACUUCAACUACACUUCCACAAAGCGCUUGGGCCGACAAAUACCGCGGCGCAACUAUCGAAGACCUUGACCCACCACCCGCCCUAUCCGUCUUCCCAAACGACCCCGUCUCAUCAGCUCUCAUGAGCGCCUAUGAACGCGACUACACCCACCUCACCGUCAUCUCCUCUACCAAGCGCUCUCUCCUCGGCUACCUCAGCAUUCCUAGACUCAAGGAAUUGAUCCAAUCCGGUGUAGUUAAGGAAAGCGACUCCGUCGACUCGGCUAUGCAGCGCUUUAACCGCAAGAGAGGCAUUUACCAUGUUAUUACUAUGGAGACGCCGCUGGAGGAGCUGGAGAAGUUCUUUGAGAGCGAUACCGGCGCUAAUGGCGAGCAGCGCGAGAAGCACCAAUUUGCAGUUGUUACAGAUGCUACUCGUAAGUUUGUUCUUGGUGUUGCGACUAAGGCCGACCUUGAGGAGUUUGUCAAGCGGAGACCUACUUAG